GAGCUGUCUUACUUCUCCGUGUUUAUUGUUUAUUAUCACAGAUUAUCACGCUCGACGAACUCGUCCACAAAAUUAUCUGAACAAACUGAAUAAAUAACAGAACUUUGUUCGAAAUAAUAUCAAGUUAUUUUAAUUAUUUUGUAAAACAAAUGUUUUGUUGAUUGCAAUAUGAUUUGCACUCUAUGUAAUAAAAGUUCUUCAAAACUUAUAACGCAUCAUCUGUGCCUAUGCUGCUCGGAUCGGCUGGAAUGCGGCCGCGGAGAAUCGAUCUUUUUCGUUCCAGUUGAACACGACGUGCGCAAGGUUGAAUGCGACGUCUGCCAGGAGCCGGUCCUGAAGGAUGAUCUAGAGCGCCACCAAGAAAGGUGUUCGCCGGGGCGGACGAUUUUUCGAUGCACCGUUUGUGAUGCAGAUUACUUGGACAAGGCGAGCCUCUGGAAGCACCUGGAGUCGCACGAGAUCUUAGAUGAGGCAAAAGAGAAAUGCUGUCAAGAAAUGAAUGUGUCGUAUGAUUUACACAAAUGCGUACUGUGCAAUGACCAACGCGGGUAUCAGGAAAGUGUCUACUGGAAUCACGUUCACGAAGACCACGAUGGAUUUUUCCUACAAUGUCCAAAUUGCUGCGAUAAUUUUCGUUCUCGUAAACUUAUGAUGGAUCAUGACAAUGAUUGUAAAGUUAGUUCAAUAUCAGCAGAAGGUUCCAUAUGCGAGGAAAAUUGUGCUGUACUUGCAGAACCUUCUAAAGAACUCGACGAUAAUCUUUUUGAAGAAUCAACAAUUGAAUUCACAGAUUGUGGGAUACCGACAGAAGUGAAAACCGAAAAUGAUGAAAAUCAGUUUGACUUUGUUAACAAACAGAAGAAGUUUGUUCGUAAGCAAUGUUCAAGCUGUGGACAAGAGUUCCGAAAGCACAUUACCUUCACCACCCAUAAAUGCUACAUCGAAUCCAAAGUCAAAGCAUCUAUGGCGACUCCUUCUACUGAAAGCCAAAAAACAGAAGAAACGGUUAACAAACAGAAGAAGUUUGUUCGUAAGCAAUGUUCAAGCUGUGGACAAGAGUUCCGAAAGCACAUAACCUUCACGACCCAUAAAUGCUACAUCGAAUCCAAAGUCAAAGCAGCUAUGGCGACUACUUCUACUGAAACCCAAAACACAGAAGAAACGGCCCCAUCAGCCAAAUUCCAGUGUCCACACUGCCAUCGAUUGCUGAAAAAUCAGGGAAACCUCCGGGUUCACAUUUUCACGCUUCACAGACCGUACAAAUGUAACAUUUGCGGUUUACAGAUGGGCAGUUACAGUCAGGUAAAGUCGCACAAAAACGCGGUUCAUACCAAGCCGGAUCAGAAGUGUCCACACUGCGGGAGAAUGUUCAAAGCGAAAACCUUCCAAAAUCAUUUGAACUCCCAUCAGAAGGCUAGCCACCUGUGCGCCGAUUGCGGGGUGAUGUAUAAAUCGUACCAGAACUUGCAGGUUCAUCGCAAACGAUUCCACACACACGAUAAACCGCCACGCAUGUCGAAAGGAUACAUCAGAAGGAAUCGGGGUAAGAAUGAAAAAGCAAAGGUUUCCGAUAGUACAAAUGGUAAAUCUAAAAAUGGGAAAGCGUAGUUUGGCAGAGGGUUAUCUACUGGGUAAUACCAUACAGAAACAAAGCGCGAUAAAGAAAUCCAUUAUUCAAUGCUUAUGUAUAAGACCAUUUUUGAAGAAUUUCAUUCUCCACCAAGGUUUGUCUUCGGAAACUAGCCCCUUACUGGUGUCAUUAAACGCACCGAACGUAAGUCAUUGCUACUUGUUGAAGCCUUUGUAUUACUGUUAUAUACUGCCGCAUUAUAAAUAUUUGUCCUUAUUGUAUUUUCAUCACUCAAAACUCUCCACAUUAACGAGUUUCUUGGGCGCGAUACAUUUUUUUCACCUGGAUUAAUAAGGUUGUCAUCUGUUUCCGCAUGCUUAUUCCGUUCUCUCCUGUUAAAUUACACAUU